AUGGAUAGCAACACAGAGAAGGCCGGUUCGUCCUCUACAGUCAGACCUGGAGGACUUCAUGUCACGUUCGAUCCGCGGGCCAAGUCGCCAAUGGCUCGGACCGGCAAGUCGUCCCCAAUUCUCGAAGGCGAAGGCGACACCGAGAAGUUCCCAGCAUUCACCCCAAACCCCAAGGCAAUCCAAAAGUCCCGCUCUCUGACUCAGGCGGAAAUCAACAUGGGCGUCAUCACCGAAGAUCAAGUAGCUGCCCUGGGCGAACGGCUCCAGACUGAUCCACCGCCAAUGUCGCUUCAAGAAGCUCGUGAGCGCCGAGCCAGUAUCAAGGAAGAGCGCAAGAGAAGCAUCGAGUUCAUUCGAAGCCGUACCAACUCUCGUGCCGCUGCGAACGGACGUCCUUCUAUGGAUGGUUUCAACGAGUCGGGAGCUGCUGCCAGUGGCCAUCCCUUUUUGGAGGUUCUCAAGGAGGCGCAACAUAAGGAAUAGGGCUCGUAUGAAUAUGCAUUUGUCUGCCUGUAGCUUACGAUGACCGAAAUGAUUGAUGAGAUCCUUGUUUUGCCUGAGCGCAUGGUUCUUUUGCAUUCUUGUUGCUUGGCAGAGGGAGCAUUGGUUGGCGUUGCCUGGGUCUUGCGGUCACUUACGGUUACUUUGCAUAUGGUGUUCUUUUCUGUUUGUGGUAGUCCGUAGAAGAAUGAGAGUCACGUUCACG